AUGCGCUGUUGUGUGUGUUUAUUUCAGCAAAGCCUGCAGUGUUCUCCAUCCAAGAUGGCUGCGGGUGAGAGCAGUAGCCGAUCGCCGUGUCUAAAUUUCUCGACUUCAGGACCACUGGGCAACGCUCAGCCCAGCAACAGCGCCCAUUCGUCGCCGGCGAGCAACGGCGGCUCGGUGGGUACCACCGGUGGGGUUAACAGGACAGUGGGGAACUCAAACCCCCAAGUAGGCCCGGACGGUGGCGGAGGCGCCGACAUCGCAGUAAGAAUUACGCCCAAUACACAGAACUCUUCUCGGCCGUCGGCGAACGCUUCGGUGGUACAUGCAGCGUCGGCUCCGGUUGGAGGCGCCACAGCCGCUGCGUCAAACAUGACGGCCACAUCCACGUCUACUGCAUCCUCAGUGGAUGCGUCCGCAGUCUCGUCCUCUUUACCAAAUAGUCCUGCGUCUGCAUCCGUGUUGGUGUAUCGGGAGCCAGUCUAUAACUGGCAAGCAACGAAAAGCACCGUAAAAGAGAGGUUUGCAUUCUUGUUCAACAAUGAGGUGCUAAGUGACGUCCAUUUUUUGGUUGGCAAAGGAAUGGGAGUACAGCGAAUACCAGCGCACAGGUUUGCCCUCGCAGUGGGAAGCGCGGUGUUCGAUGCGAUGUUUAACGGGGGCAUGGCCACAACCUCGACCGAAAUUGAACUCCCAGAUGUGGAGCCGGCCGCUUUUCUCGCCCUUCUCAAAUUCCUGUACUCCGAUGAAGUUCAGAUCGGUCCGGAAACGGUCAUGACCACGUUAUAUACAGCCAAGAAGUAUGCGGUGCCUGCUCUGGAGACGCAUUGUGUGGAAUUUCUUAAGAAGAACUUGCGUGCGGACAACGCUUUCAUGUUGCUAACGCAGGCUCGUCUGUUUGACGAACCUCAGUUGGCCAGUCUUUGCUUGGAGAAUAUUGACAAAAACACUGCGGAUGCCCUGGCAGCAGAGGGCUUCACAGAUAUUGACCUUGACACGCUGGUAGCGGUCCUGGAGAGGGACACGUUGGGGGUGAGGGAGGUGCGACUGUUCGCGGCCGCGGUACGCUGGGCGGAGGCCGAGUCGCAGCGACAGCAGAUCCAGCCGACGCCCGAGAACAAACGCAAAGUGUUGGGCAAAGCCCUGAACCUCAUUCGCUUUCCCCUCAUGACCAUAGAGGAGUUCGCCGCAGGUCCAGCUCAGUCUGGUAUACUCACGGACAGAGAGGUGGUCAGUCUGUUCCUUCAUUUUACUGUGAAUCCCAAACCUCAUGUGGAGUUUAUCGACCGGCCACGCUGCUGUCUGAGGGGGAAGGAAUGUAGCAUUACUCGUUUCGGACAGGUGGAAAGCCGCUGGGGCUACAGUGGGACCAGCGACCGCAUCCGGUUUUCUGUGAAUCGUAGAAUAUUUGUCGUGGGCUUUGGACUGUAUGGAUCCAUACAUGGUCCGACAGAUUAUCAGGUCAACAUUCAGAUCAUCCACACAGACAGUAACACCGUUCUGGGUCAAAACGACACAGGUUUCAGCUGUGACGGUUCAGCCAGCACUUUCAGAGUCAUGUUUAAAGAACCCGUGGAAAUUCUUCCCAGCGUCAACUACAUUGCCUGCGCUACACUCAAGGGACCAGACUCGCACUAUGGGACUAAAGGCAUGCGGAAGGUAACUUACGAAGCCCCGGCGACCGGUACCAAAACCUGCUUCACAUUCUGCUACGCCGCGGGAAACAAUAACGGAACGUCGGUGGAAGACGGUCAAAUCCCCGAGAUCAUUUUCUACACAUAAUGACUGUACCCAUAUCGCUUAGGGAAACGAAGACUCCUCAGCGUUAUCACGUUAACGUCACUGUCACACAGAACUGCACCGGUCUCUCCGGACAGACCAACAACCAAAUCAAGCUCUUUCCUUUCUGCAGGGGAUACGGUAGCGCAUGGGGGGAAAAAAAUAAAGAAAUUAAAAAAAAAAAAAGAAAUAUCCAGUUAAGUGCCCACAGUGGGUUUAAGGUACACAGUCUUGAUUUUCGACUAGACUAGGCAUUCAAAUGUUCAAAAUCAAGGACGACUAAUGGACUUUUGUUGUAAAUGGAAACGUCGCACCACUUAAAACGGAAUUGUUACACAUGACUUAAUUUGUUAAACCCGUGUUUUUACCAAUCUGGCUAUGCGUCACAACUCUGGUGCUGGAAAUUCGCUAUUUUCCAUCCAAUCAGUUGACGUAUCGACAAUUAAAUAAAAAUUAGGUCCAGUAUCACUAUGAUUAAUUCUUAAGAACGCUUAUCAGUUUUGAGUUGCACUGAUGCACUUUUGGGUCCGAACGUAAUCACGUAGCCCAAAAAAAAAA